GGCGUCGGUUCACCGAUCACGUCUGUAAACGUUUCAGCCUCUGAUGUGCAAAUAAGCGAAGGAGUAGAAGGUUGCAUUAGAGCUACGGGGACGUGUGCAUCAUUGUCCAUGCAAUUCUCCGCAUUUCCUCUACCGAUUACCAAUCUCUACGAAGCUUCGCACUCGUAACGCCUUCCAGGAUGAUCACAGAGAGCGCCCCGCUGGGCUCGUGGUCCACUACACUACUCGCCGCUGUUGUACUGGGUAUUAUUUCGUUCUCCUCAUUUUUCGCUCUACGCUUCCGGUACUGGAAGAACAGAGGAGUGCCAUAUAUACCGCCAAGCUUCCCUUUUGGAAAUAUGCGUCGCUGCUUCUUAGGAAAGAUGUCAAUGGGCAUGAACAUCGCAGAGAUAUACAAAAGGAUGAAAAGUCAUAGAUUCGUGGGAAUCUAUGCUCUGCUCCGACCCGUUCUGGUCAUUAUCGACCCCAUCCUGGUGCACUGCGUGCUGGUGAAGGAUUUCCACAUGUUUUACGACCGGGGCAUGAACCUGGACGAAACAAUGCCACUCAACAGGCAACUGUUCUGUCUCGCUGGCAACAACUGGAAGAGGCUGCGACUCAAGCUGGAACCAGCAUUCGCUCCUAGUAAGCUCAAGAUGAUGUUUCCUGCGAUGCGGAAGUAUGCUGUCGACCUCUGUGAAGUGCUCGAGUCGGCGGCGGCAACUGGCGAUAUCGCUGACAUGCACGAACUGGCGGCACGGUUCACCACUGACGUCAUCGCCUCUCUAGCGUUUGGCGUGCAGGCCAACUCCCUGCGGAACCCCGACUCGGAGUUCCGCCAGUGGGUACGCAGGAUCUUCAUGACGUCGUUCACCAGGAUGCUCUCGGUCGUGGCACUCUUCCUUAGCCCAACGUUAUUCAAAAUUCUCAAGCUGAUAGGCGAAAAAAAUCCCACAUCACAAUACUUCAUCAAACUGGCGAGGUAUACAAUCACCUUCAGGGAAUCGAACAAUGUCACCAAGAAUGAUUACAUGCAGCUACUUAUACAGUUGAGGAAUGUGGGGACUCUGGACGAUGACAGGGGGAGGAACGGCGUUGAAGAUGUGGGGGUUAUUCGUUGGAAGCUUCCGCUACAGGAUGUAGAAGCUACAGCACUGAUGUUUCUCAUAACUGGCUUUGAGACAUCGUCUGCAACUCUGAGCUUUGCUCUCCACGAGCUGGCUGUAAAUCAGGAUAUCCAGAGGAAGUUGCAGGAUGAGACAGACAGAACGUGGGCCUUCACGAGCGACUCCGUCCUGCAAAUGAGAUACCUCGACAAAGUAGUGAAAGAGACACUGAGGAAGUACCCCGUAGUGCCAGUCCUGAACCGUAAAGCUUGUGUGGACUACAAGAUCCCAGACAGCGACGUCGCGAUUCAGAAGGGCACACCGGUGAUGAUAUCCGUGUACGGGUUGCACCGCGACCCUGUGUUCUUUCCAGACCCUGAGCGCUUCGACCCUGAGAGGUUCUCGAAGAAGAUCAAGAUACACCCGUGGGCCUACCUUCCUUUUGGGGACGGCCCGAGAAACUGCAUAGGAAUGGACUUCGCUCUUCUACAAGUUAAGUUGGGUCUUGUACACAUAUUGUCGAAGUUUAACGUCGACAUCUGCGAUAGGACGAAAACCGGACUCCAGUUUUCUGCAAAAUCGUUCAUACUCGCGCCUGAUGGAGGAGUUCCUCUGCGAUUGUCGAAAAGGAAAUCAAGGAGAGAAGAUUAAAUUAGAGUUGUGCGACGAGGACAGCUACAUUUGUAACGUUGUUGCAUUAAUUUGAUCUGGAAGCGGUGCUGCUAUUCAAGACCAUAAAAGUGGGUUAAAAGCUGUGAGCUGUCUGGGGAAGUUAACCUUGCAUUACUGAGCAACUGUU